AUGGCGGAUUCUUCUAUCAUUCUUAUCACUGGCGGCAACACAGGCAUCGGCUAUGAAAGCGUAAAAGCCCUAUAUGCCUCGUCGCAGCCCCACAAAAUCCUCAUGGGCAGCCGCUCGCUCGAAAAAGCAAAUGACGCGAUCUCAAAGCUCAAAAGCGAAGUCUCGGCUUCAAAGUCAGAUGUUGAGCCCAUUCAGAUCGAUAUCGAAGACGACGAGUCCAUUGAGAGAGCAUUCAAGCAUGUCGAGAGCAAGUACAGGCGUCUUGAUGCUCUGGUGAACAAUGCCGGCGGAUCUUUCGAUGGCAUGAUACGUGAGGAUCCCAGUCCCAAAGGCAUCCGCGCAGCAUGGGAAAAAACCCACUCCCUCAACGUCACCUCGACCCAAGUCGUCACACAGACCUUUGCACCACUGCUGAUUGCUUCCUCCAACCCGCGCCUGCUCUUUGUAACCUCUGGUCUCUCUUCCUUGGAGAACUGCGCUGGCGGCGGCGAUGCCAGUGCCAGCCUGUUCGCCAAAGAACAGCCCAAAGGCUGGCCGAAGCCUCCACAAUGGACUCCAACGGCCUACCGGUCCAGUAAAGUUGCGUUGAACAUGGUGAUGCUGAGCUGGGAGAAGAUGCUCGCGGUGGAUGGUGUCAAGGUUUUCGCUAUCAGUCCUGGCUUCUUGGCUACUGGACUUGGAGGUAUGACUGCCGAAUUUAUGAGGAAGAUGGGUGCGGGUGAGCCGAGCGUUGGCGGAGAGUUUAUCAAAGAUGUGAUCGAGGGAAAGAGGGAUGGAGAUGCGGGUAAAGUCAUCAACAAAGAUGGGGUGCAGCCUUGGUAGGUGUGUUGAGCAGAUUGUGGUUGUGAGUGGAAUUAUUCCCUUGCAGAGAACCAUACAACAUAGGAGGAUGGCUGUGACUCCAAUAAA